UGGGGUAUCCGAAAAUGCACCAUAUAUGUAGUGCCUCUUUUGUUUUGUAUAUAUUUUAGUGCACUCUAUUUGGUCACUAUUUAGACUAGAGAAAUACACCUUCUCAAUUCCCUCAUUCUCACUAAUCUUAAGUAUGCUCUAAAACUCUUUACAUUGCGACCAAAGGAACUUAUCAAUAGCUACUUAGCAUUUCAACUUUGCAUUUCCAGUUGUGAACACAAAGCAGAAGAAAAUGGUGGUAAGGGAGGGUGAGAUUAACUGGACACAAGGGGAGGUGGAAUCGGCGUUGCAUAGGGACGAAGAAGCGAACAAGAUCGAUGUUAAUAACAUUAUCUCAUCAUCGUUGGGAAGACAAUCAUCGUCGAUAUAUUCGCUCACCCUCGACGAGUUCCAGCACAGUCUCUGUGAGAGUGGCAAGAAUUUCGGAUCAAUGAACAUGGAUGAGUUCUUAAGUAGUAUUUGGAAUGCAGAGGAGAAUCAGCAAGCUGCUACCAACAAUAAUAAUAACAUCAACAAUAACAAUAAUCUGUCUGUAAUUUCGAAAGAGAUUAGCAAACAGGCAAGCCUUCCUCGUCAAAAUUCGCUGUCGAUUCCUGCACCACUUUGUAGGAAAACCGUGGAACAAGUUUGGUCUGAGAUACACAAAGAGCAACAUCAGAACAACAACAAUGUUGGUCAGAUUACUGAGUCUGCCACUCGACAACCGACUUUCGGAGAGAUGACAUUGGAGGAUUUCUUGGUGAAAGCAGGGGUAGUUAGGGAACAACAAUCUGUUAUGCAGCCGGCUGCAUUAGCAGUAGCACCUACUGUAGCUGCUGCGGUAUCAUCUCACCGGCCACAGCAUUACACCGUGUAUCCGAAUAACAACUCUACGAUGGCUGCUCAGGCUGGUUCUUUUGCUAUUGGUGGCGGCACUGGGAAUGUGGUUGCGCCGCCUUAUCAAACGGUGGCUCAGGGAGGUGGAGCAGUUGGAGAGCCUUCGGGUUCAGGAUAUGUUGGGAAUGGUAAGAGAGAUAACAUAGGUACUGGAUAUCCUCCGCCACCAGGGGUUUGUUAUGGAGGGAGAGUGGUGAAUGGAGGAGGUGGUGGUUAUGGCGUGGCAGUGGCACAAACUAUGGGAAUGGGCGGACCGGUUAGUCCGGUUUCGUCCGAUGGGAUUGGUAAUGAUAACUCGGGCGGGAAAUUUGGGAUCGACAUGAGUGGUUUAAGAGGAAGGAAGAGGAUGAUUGAUGGUCCUGUUGAAAGAGUUGUGGAGAGAAGGCAAAGAAGAAUGAUCAAGAAUAGAGAAUCAGCAGCAAGAUCUAGAGCAAGAAAACAGGCUUACACAGUUGAAUUAGAAGCAGAACUGAACCAAUUAAGAGAAGAGAAUUCACAACUGAAACAAGCACUGACCGAGCUCGAGAGGAGACGAAGGCAACAGUGUUCAGAGGAAACAAAUGUGAGAGUGCAGACCAAAGCUCAGAAGGCAAAAGAGAAACUGAGAACCUUAAGAAGGAACACUAGUUGUCAUCUGUGAAGAAAAUCACAUGGUAGACAGUGAAAUCCUUGGAUUUUUAUUAACACAGGAAUUGGUUAUGGUUGGUGCAUGCAUGAGUGCAUCAAGAACCAAGAAGAAAAUGAGUAAUAAAACUCAUAGACAGAGAAAGAAACAAAGGAAUGGUGAUGUGAAUUUUGUUGGAGAGGAAAUCUUCCACUGUCAUCAAAUUUGGAUGACUCUUUUCAAAUGAUAUAACUAGCUACUCAAAUUUGUACAAUAUAGUAGUUAAUGUUUAAAGUUACCUAGUUAUUUUUAUGUGUGAACUGUUUUUGUUUAAAGUUGCAAUAUAGUAUCAGCUAUGAGUGUAUGAAA